AAAAUAAAAUAAAACAAACGCGUAGAAGAAGAAAUCAGACAGAGAUAAAAUAGAAAACGAUUCUGUCUGAGUUCAUUCCAUUCACUUCACUUCAUCAUAGUUAGCUGUUUCUCACCUUAAUUAGCGGAUCUUUCUUCUCCACCGACACUUGAAACAAAACACCCUCACUUCAUCUUUUAUUUACGAUCAUACCAUCACCCCAAACACCUCUUAUCACCGACUUCAGGCUUCGCUUCACUGCGUGCCGCCUCACACAACAAUGCUGGAGAGCCUCAUCGGAUCCCGCUUCCUCCGUCAGAUGCAGCGCGCUUUCCGACGUGGCAUCCUCACCUUCCUCUGCCUCGUCCUCACCGUCGUCGUCCUCCGCGGCACCAUCGGCGCCGGCAAAUUCGGUACUCCCGAACAAGACCUCAACGAGAUCCAGCAAUUUUACUCUCGCGGCCGGCGCGUGGAGCCUCGACGCGUAUUGGAAGAAGUUCAGUCCACUGAAACCUCCACCGACAAUAGCGACAACAGCAACAACUACGCGACUUUCGAUAUUUCGAAGAUCCUCAAAGACGAACCUGGCGAUGGCGAUGAUGAGAAGCGGGAUCCGAAUAUUCCGUAUACGCUUGGACCGAAAAUUUCCGAUUGGGAUGAACAGAGAUCGUUAUGGUUGAGUAAAAACCCUGAUUACCCUAAUUUUAUUGGUCCUAAUAAACCGCGUGUUCUUUUGGUUACUGGUUCGUCGCCGAAACCGUGUGAGAAUCCGGUUGGUGAUCAUUACUUGUUGAAAGCUAUUAAGAAUAAGAUUGAUUAUUGUAGGCUUCAUGGUAUUGAAGUUUUCUAUAACAUGGCUUUGCUUGAUGCUGAAAUGGCUGGUUUUUGGGCGAAGUUGCCUUUAAUUAGGAAGCUUUUGUUGUCACAUCCUGAAGUUGAGUUUCUAUGGUGGAUGGAUAGUGAUGCUAUGUUUACUGAUAUGGCUUUCGAGGUUCCGUGGGAGCGAUACAAGGAUCAUAAUUUUGUUAUGCACGGUUGGAAUGAGAUGAUUUAUGAUGAGAAGAAUUGGAUUGGUUUGAAUACUGGGAGUUUUUUGUUGAGGAAUUGUCAAUGGUCACUUGAUAUUCUUGAUGCUUGGGCGCCGAUGGGGCCGAAAGGGAAGGUUAGAGAUGAAGCGGGGAAGAUUUUGACUAGGGAGUUGAAGAAUCGGCCGGUUUUUGAGGCGGAUGAUCAGUCUGCUAUGGUUUAUUUGUUGGCGACUGGGAGGGAACAAUGGGGUAGGAAAGUUUACCUUGAGAAUCAUUAUUAUUUGCAUGGUUAUUGGGGGAUUUUGGUGGAUAGAUAUGAGGAGAUGAUUGAGAAUUAUCAUCCUGGUUUUGGUGAUCAUAGGUGGCCACUUGUUACUCAUUUUGUGGGGUGUAAACCAUGUGGGAAAUUUGGUGAUUACCCUGUGGAGAGAUGUUUGAAACAAAUGGAUCGUGCUUAUAAUUUUGGUGAUAAUCAGAUAUUGCAAAUGUAUGGUUUUACUCAUAAAUCACUUGCUAGUAGAAGGGUGAAGAGAGUGAGGAAUGAAAGUAGUAAUCCUCUUGAUGUUAAGGAUGAACUUGGAUUGCUUCAUCCUGCUUUCAAAGCUAUCAAGUUGCCAACUUCUUGAUGUUUUGUUUUGUUUUGUUUUUGUUUAUCACAGGUUGUGAUUAGCUUUCACAAAAUUGAGCUAUUGUUUCCAUUUUCCAUGAUUGCAUCUCCACUAUACUAUGCUCUCUUUCCACUCACCUAUAGUCAACUCUGUAAUUGUUAUUCAUCUCUUUAUUUAAUUAUCAAAUUUGUAAUGGUUUAUUUAUUUUACUUUACCCUUAAUGUUAUAUUAGUAUUGAGUUA